UUUUGUGAAUUACGAGGAGAAACAGAGACCCAAACAACACUAUUUAGCUUUCUCCUUCGCCCACCAAAACGGGACUGCACACCUCCUCAUCAGGAACAGAUUCAAACCCAGACAUGGUAGCUAUUACAUCCUCUACUGCUUCUUUUCAUCCCAAAAGUUCGCUGUUCUCCAAAACAUCAAAAACCACUCAAAAACCUGGCCCAUGUGCGCCCUCAAAUAUUCGAUUUGUGACCAAGAAUCCAAAUAGAUUUGUAUUGAAUGCCUCAAUUUCAAUCACCGAGACAAAUUCAAAGACUUCAAGUUUGAAUAAGAAGACCCAGAAUCCAAUCAUUGUCAUUGACAAUUAUGAUAGCUUCACCUACAAUCUUUGUCAGUAUGUUGGAGAGCUGGGAUGCCAUUUUGAGGUUUAUCGAAAUGAUGAUUUGACUGUGGAUGAGUUACGAAGGAAAAACCCACGAGGAAUUCUAAUAUCCCCUGGGCCAGGUGCGCCUCAGGAUUCUGGGAUAUCGUUGCAAACUGUUUUGGAACUUGGACCUACUGUUCCUCUAUUUGGUGUCUGCAUGGGUUUGCAAUGCAUUGGAGAGGCUUUUGGAGGGAAAAUUGUGCGUUCCCCUUAUGGUGUUGUGCAUGGAAAAAGUUCUCCUGUUUACUAUGAUGAGAAGGGUGAGGAAGGGCUUUUAUCUGGGUUAUCAAAUCCGUUCACUGCUGGUCGAUAUCACAGCCUGGUGAUUGACAAGGAAAGUUUUCCCUCUGAUGAACUGGAAGUUACAGCAUGGACUGAAGAUGGGUUGAUAAUGGCUGCUCGUCACAAGAAAUACAAAUAUCUACAGGGAGUUCAGUUCCACCCAGAAAGCAUUAUAACCAAUGAGGGGAUGUCCAUCGUUCGCAACUUUGUGAAACUGAUAGAGAAGAGGGAGAGGGAGGCAGAGCUGCUUCAUUCAUAAACUCAAUUUCUGGUUGAGUCUGUCUUCAUCUACUUAACAUUUUACACCUUUGAAAUCCAUCUUCACUUCUUUUCUAAGUAACCAGUGUUCUAUAAUUGUAUUUCAAUGAAUAUGUGUACCCACAUAUUAUCUUCACUCCACUUAUUAAUGGCUGAUCUGAUCUGAAAUUGAUCAAGUUGUGAA